AUGGCGAGGACACAGCAGAUCCCGAGGCUGGCAAGAACACCCAAGUUCAGUUCAAGCACAAAGAUCGUGAAGCCCAAUGGUGAAAAGCCGGAUGAAUUCGAGUCCGGCAUUUCUCAGGCUCUUCUUGAGCUGGAGAUGAACUCAGACCUCAAGGCUCAGUUAAGGGAGAUGGAUAUAACGGCAGCCAAGGAAAUAAAAAUUGGUGGUGGUCGGAAAGCUAUUAUAAUCUUUGUUCCUGUUCCUCAACUGAAAUCUUUCCAGAAAAUUCAAGUCUGGCUAGUACGGGAACUGGAGACAAAAUUCAGCGGAAAGCACGUUGUCUUUAUUGCUCAGAGGAGAAUUCUGCCUAAACCAACUUGGAAAAGCCGUACAAAGAAUAAGCAAAAGCGUCCCACGAGCCGCCCUCUGACAGCGGUGCACAAUGCCAUCCUUGAAGACGUGCUCUUCCCAAGUGAAACUGUGGGCAAGAGAAUCCGGGUCACGCUGGACGGCAGCAGGCUUAUAAAGGUUCAUUUAGACAGAGCACAGCAGAACAAUGUAGAAAACAAGGUUGAACACUUUUCUGGAGUUUAUAAGAAGCUUACGGGCAAGGAUGUUAAUUUUGAAUUCCCAGUUUCAAAUGAGACCAAACGAGGGCCCGUGUGGCUGGUUCUGGGGCCCUCCUCCUCCUUGCCCCUCAACACAGGCUGA